AACCAAAUAUUAGAGCAUGUUUAUUGUAUGUUUAUUAAGUUAAAUUUUUUAGUGUAAUAUAAGAUACAGUUUCUUAGUUUUUAAUUAAAUAAAAGAUAUAAGAAACGUCUUUUAGUUUUUUUAGUUAAAAGCUAAGAAACCGUAUCUUAUAUUACGCUAAGAGAUAUGCAAUAAACAUGCUCUUAGUUUUGAAUUUUCUUUGAUAUUUGUUGAGAUUUUUCACAAGUUACAACAAAAAUAAUUUCAUAAAAUUUACACUCUGAUUGGUUAUACCAUUUUGAUUUUGGUUGAUUAGAACCUUUUUAUGUAAUUAAGAGGAUUCUAUUUACAAUGGUUAAACCAAAACUAAUUAUAUAUGAUUUGAAUAACCAGUCACUCAUUACCAACCGGUUUAAUAAGUAUAUGUGGGAAUGGGCCUGCUGUACUCAGAAUUGUCGGACUUGAUCCAUGUAAUAUUUACCCUUUUGGGCUUUUAACGAAAAGAGACGACAAGAGAGAGUAUAUGUGGGGAACAUUUGAGAGUAUCGGCUGAUUGCAGAACCGAACCGGUCGGUCUGGUCCGUAUUUGGAACAGAGAACUUAAAUGGCCUAAUGUCAAGGUAUAUUUUACAUGGCUGAAACGGAAACACGUAUUUACGUGACAACUACAAUACCCACGCGCCACAUUGUUGAAAAUUGAAAACCUUAAUUUUUGCCCAAAAAAAAAAAAUUUCUAUCCAAUUUCUUUUCACUACUGUCCCACAAACACAUCAAUUCUAACUAAUGUAUCAGUUAUACAAAUCCUUCAAUUCUAGUGAAGUUCUAUAUAUCAAUUGAAUAAACCAUGUUCAGUUUUAGUGGAAUAAGAAGAGGAAAAUAUUUCUCAGCAGAAGCCUAGCUUCACAGCCACUGAGAUGUAUCUCCUUCGGUAUGCGUUUCAAGCUUUGGUGCAUAAUAUAUGGAGAGAACGUAAUGCUCGAAGGCAUGGUGAGCAACCGCGAGAAGACAAAGUCUUGAUCAGAUGUGUGGAUAAAUUGAUAAGACUGAAGUUGUUAGCAGUUAAGGGGAGGGGUCAAAGAUAUCUUGAAGAGGGUCUAAGCACUUGGUUUGGAACAAGAAUGCAAGGCUCUUUUUAGUUUUUAAAAUGUUAGUGAAGAUUUACUCAAAAUAGUUUUAUCUGUUUAUUUGCAAAAUUGAAAAACAGAGGCACUUGAUGUAAUAGAAGUUUUGAUUGAAUAAAUUUUACAUUCAUUCAAAAAAAAAAAAAAGAGGAGGAAAAUAUUAAGAGGGCCAUGAUGAUGAUCUUAUAAUAUAAAUGAAUUUUAUAAAUGACCCCCAAAAUUAUAAAUAAUAUUGUAACUAUAUACAUAAAGCAUAGUAAUUUCUUUUGUCACUCAAACUUUCAAUAUUAUUGACAACUUAUUCUAUUAUUUUAUUUCAUUUUAUUUUGUUAGUGACCUCAUCUUAUAUUUCUUUUCAAAAGAAUUAUUUUAGCUGUAUCAGUUUAACUUUUAAAAUAAAACUUUUUAAAAAUUAUAUAAAUAUUUUUGUAAUAGUAUUUAAUUUAAAUAUAUUAAUUUAUUUGCCCCCACUAAAAUUACUUCCUAGAUCCACCACUAAGUGAAGUCCUAUAUAUCAAUUAAAUAAACCAUGUUUAGUUUUUAGUGGAAUAGUAAGAUGAGGGAAAUAUUAAGAGGGCCAUGAUCUUAUAAUAUAAAUGAAAUUUUAUAAAUGACCCCCAAAAUUAUAAAUAAUGUUGUAACUAUUUAAGAGUAGAGGAAAUUUAUGGGAAGAAAAAAUGAUGGCAUUUAUAGGAAAAUCAAAUGAAUAUAGAUUUGGUGCAUGAAAAUGUCUCUUAAUAAACCAAAUGAGAACAUGCAUAGGAAAAUCAAAUGAAAAAGAUUUGGUGCAUGAAGGUAUAUCUCUUAAUAAAGAAAAUAAGGCAUGACAAAAAAAUAAAUUCACCAUUUCACUGGAUUUCUUUUCUAAACUCCACCUAUAUUUUCAUCUCUUACCACCUAUAUAUCCACAUGCUCUCAAAAGCAAAGAUAAACAUUUAAAAAUUUCAUCUCUGCUUAUUGAAAAAAAUGUUCAUGGAUUCCUCAUCUUCUUCAUCAUCACUACCCAUCACGAGAGAAGAGUUCAAUGCUUUCCACAGUUUUGACAGAGCGCUUUUCACUCGUAUUGUCGUAAGUCUAAAAGAAGACAUUACCCAGUCUUUUCAGGUCAUGUCCUUUCUAAUCUAUCUCGAUAGAAGUGUUUGCGGGAGCAAACUAAUCAGCAAUCUUGUUUCUUUACCUGACCAUUCCAUCAACACCGUCGUUGACGAGGUCCAGAUAUGUCGACGUUGCUUGUCCUACACACAUUUCCCAACGUUCCUGGCCAGCAUGGGGAGCAUCAACGCCGCAUCCAUACCUUGGAUCAGGCGUAUGACCGGAGAGAAGUUGACUCUCGCAGUCAUCCACCUGAAUCGCAACGAAAUUAUCCUUGAGAUGACAGAUAUUUUAAACACUAUAUGCUACCCAGCUUUCGAGGAUAUAUGCGUUCUCUUUGAGACGCACAAGGAGAGGAAGUUUAUUCAGUUCUUGUGUGGUCAACAAGGAACAAGUAAUCGUGUAGCAGCAGGAACAAGCAACGUUGAGGGUCAGCACGUAAGGGCAGAUGACAGGACUAUCUUCCUCAAAUUUUCUAAAGGAUACCCGAUCUCUGAAGCAGAAGUGCAUGAUUACUUCACCAGGAGAUUUGGAGAUAUUGUAGAAGCAAUACACAUGGGUGGAGGGAAAAGGAAGGACCAAGCGAUGUAUGCAUGCAUGGUGUUACGUUCUGCCGCCAAGAUUCCAGAGAUUGUAAGCGAUGGGCUUGACAGGACCAAAUUCACCAUUAAUGGAAAAUAUUUCUGGGCUCGAAGAUUCAUUCCCAAUCGCAAAAUCCGUUAAAUAAUCUUCUUAUUUGAUCUUGAGGAGUUCCAAGGGCAUAUGCAUGUGCCCUCCUCUUAAAUAAACUUGGGACCUAUUUUAUUUUGGAUGGGGGACUUUUAUUUGGUUGGUGAUUGAUAUUUAUCUCAAAACUAUUUAGCAUCGACUCAAAUUUGUUUGUUUACAUCUUUCAAUUUCUAUACUUUUCCCUCUUUAAGCAAUAUAAUCUCCCUUGUCCCCAAUGGCUAUGCUAAUCUCUGCAUCUGCAUGCUGGCCACUCUUGGACCCAAAUGAAUGUUUUGGGAAAUCCUUAUGAAAGGAAAAGACUUUCAGCUGUGAUAAAAUUAACUUACAAAUCUCUCUGUAAACAACACACUAAGCAAAAGCAAACACUCACCUUACACGUUUUCUAUCCUC